AUUUACCGCGGAUUGACCUCGGUUCGGAUUUAUUUUUCUUCUCCGUCGAGCGGGCGGGAAAACUCGUUUACAGAUUGUAGCCAAAAGGGGUUUUUUCGUCUCGUCUCGUAACUGAAUCGGUCGGCUGGAUUUGUUGUCAUAGUGGCAACAUUGGCAGAAUCUGUGUCCUUCAGGGUGAUUGCCCAAUCGUGAUCGGGCAAAGUUUGGGCAAAAAAAAGAGGAGACAAACGAGAAAACGGAUUUUUCUCCACUGACGGUCGUCCAAGUUUUCGCUGGAUUUUGUGGAAAAGCUGUGUGUCUGAAAAAUGCUGUAGAAUGGCCCCCAGGUUUGCGCGUGCAGAAACGUGUUGAACAAAGUUUUUCUUACACGCGUUCAGGCAACGGUGGUGGUGAAGUGAAUAAAUCAAGCAAAAAUUUCCGUGCUUUUCGGGGUGCCAACUUGGGAGUGAGUGUCACUCUCGGCUGGUGAGAUUCAGACUUCCAGAUUUGGUGGGUGCACGUGCCCCGAAGGGAGCCAGAAGUGUGCAACUGGUGUGCAACUCUCCGACUGAGUCAAUUUCCCGUCCGUCUUGCGUAACCCAAUCCACCCGCGGCCCAACAAUGUCAACGCGGCGCGCCGGACCACCCCAGGGGCUGCCGAUGUCGGCCCAACUUCCGCUGCCGUACGAGAACGAGAAGAAGCAGCGCAGCAAGUGCAUGUCCUUCGUGUGCUGCAUGUGGAAGGUGUUCACGUGCAUUUUCUCCCACGUGACGCUGGUGGCGAUGGUCGUUGCGUACUGCUUCCUGGGCGCCGUCACGUUCGAGCAUCUCGAGGCUGAAAAUGAGCGAAAUGUGAAGCGGGGCAUCAGCUCCAUCCGGGUGAACCUAACGGACGCAAUUUGGAAGAUGACUAAUGACAAGCCGGUGCUGCAUCAGCACAACUGGACCGAAGCCGCCGUCAUCCAUCUUCAGUCGUUCGAGAAGGAGAUUCUGAGUGCGAUGAAAAAGGACGGUUGGGAUGGCAUCGAGGACGUCGACCAGAUUCAGUGGACAUUUUUCGGAGCGCUGUUCUACUCAAUAAUUGUCAUCACGACUAUCGGCUAUGGACACAUUGCGCCGAAAACUCACAUGGGCAAAAUAUCUACCAUUUUCUACGCAAUCCUUGGCAUCCCGUUGAUGCUGUUGUGUCUGUCCAACAUCGGUGAUAUUAUGGCAAGUUCAUUUAGAUUCCUGUACUGGCGCGUCUGUUGCUACGUUUGCACCCGGGAACCGAAACGGUCCAACUCGAAGCGAAGCCGGAGCGGUCGGAGUGGCACAAUCCGCCAGGGUCGAAGCUCGAUGAGGUCGCAACCGGCCGGGACCAGCAUCCGGCGAUCCGUGCGGAACUCCCAGCGCUCGGCGGAUUCCGGCUUUGAUCCGUACUAUGAUCCGGCCAUGGCACACGCGUACUCCGAUGCAGACUUCAGAUACAACGACGGCGAUUACUACCCAGAUGGCAUGCCCCGGCAGCAGUUGCAGCAGCAGAUGAAUGGGCCAGGUUCCCCGCGGUACUCGAGUGGCCACGGUGGCCUAGGCAGGGAUCGGUUCCGUGACAGAGUUACCAUUGACAGGGAGCGCGGAGGUGGUGGGCCACCCGGCGCUGGAGGUUAUCAAGAUCAGGGGGGCGACCGGUAUGGCGACGACGAAUACAUUUCCACACCGCAGCAGAUGAAGCGACAGAUGCGUGGCGAAUCGAUGGGACGGGAACUGGCAGGGCAAAUGGGGCCGCCACCGCGGGGUUCCCAAAACUCACGAAAUUCCGACGGUAAUUACCCGCCGGUGGCCUACAGAAACAAUAUGCAAAAGUCGCCAGCAAUGCGCGCUCAGUCCCUGGACCGUCGCAUGUUCCGUCGGGAUCCCCAGAUGGUGGACUUUGACGAGGAGGGCGGUCCCGGCGGCAAAACGCCAAUUCUGUGCAAUAAGUACGCCCUGGAGGACAUGGACGAGCAGCAGCGGGGCAGUCCACGUGGCCGGGGAGGACCGGGUGGGGACGGGUUUCACGAUGGCCGCGGUCCGAUGAACCCACGCAGCCAGUCGAUGCCGCGGCAGUCCCGGUACGGUGACCGUCUGAUGCCGGACCGGUUGCCCUACUACAACGAGGACAACGAGAUGAUGGAGAUGAACGCGGCGGCGCGGAAACCCUCGCACCCGUCCACGGGCCGGCGCCGGGAGAGGCCGGUGCCAGCACCAUCGCCACGCAUAAUGUCGCCGAUGGGAUUUGCGGUCCACCGACAGGCGCGUCAUCUCCAGAACGUGAUCGACGACAGCUCGCUCUACGAUGACGAGUGGGACAGCGGGGACCUGCCCCCGUCUUCCGUGGUCCGACCCGUGCCGAUCUGGCUGUGCGUCUUCCUCGUCGUCAGCUACAUCAUUGCCGGUGCGUUCAUGUUCUCCAAGUGGGAGGAAUGGUCCUUCCUCGACUCGGCCUAUUUCUGUUUCAUCACGCUAACCACCAUCGGUUUCGGCGAUUUCGUCCCAGCGCAGGGAGUGAAAAACGAUUCGGAAAUUUCCAUCGCAUUGUGCUCGCUGUACUUACUGUUCGGGAUCGCGCUGCUGGCGAUGAGCUUCAAUCUGGUGCAGGAGGAAGUCAUAUCCAACGUGAAAAGCGUCGCCCGAAGGCUCGGCAUUCUGAAGGAGGAGGAGAUGGACGAUUGAGGGAGGGAAGGAAGAGGGUGGUGACGACACAUACAGAUAGUGUGGAAAAGUUCUCCGUUUUUGAAAGCAUUUGUGUAUCGAAUUUUCUUUUUUUUUUGUGUCGUUUUCUUUAUCAAUUUUUCUGCUUUAUGAUAGUUGGUAUUAGUUUUGGCGUUUAGGUGACAAAAAAUAAAUAAAUUGCUGAAUCGAUUUGAAAACCAAAUUGAACC